AAUUUUCGUUCCGAUUGAUGAGAGCAUGUGAAGCCACUAGAUGAGUCAGGUCUCUUUGGUUUCGCACUGCGCAGCACUUUCAAAGCCAAGAGUCCGUCACGAACGUCGUCUUCGUCUCCACCGAUUCUUCACAUUCGGCUUCGUAUGAUUAGGGUUUGAAGGAGGUGAUUGUGGUGUCUUUGGUUCUUCGUGGUUUUGUUUCACUGUAAGUUAGAGAAUUGGCUCCAGUUGAUAUUCCUAGGGUUUUCACAAAUGUCGGAAGCUUCGAGACGGAGUAGGGUUACUAUAACUCUAGGGCGUAGCGGUCAGGUGGUGAAUCGAGCUGCAAGUGAUUUAGAUGAUGGUUAUGAGUUGCCUAGAAUUGGGACUAAGCGGUCUGUCAAAGAAAGAUUAGGGAAGCAGUUAGAUAGUUCUGUUUAUGGUGGAGAAGAGGUGGUCAGUAAAAGGCAGAGAGGGGAAGCAAGUUUGAGUGGAAAUGAUUUGCAGAUCAGUCAAAAUGAUCUCCGAUUCAAACUGAUGCAAAAGAAUGCCCAGAGGCGAGCUCAGAGCGAUGAAGGCAGCACUAUGGAUCUUCGUGAAAAGCUCUCAAGGAGUGAGCAGCCUCCUCGUAGCCUUGAUAUUAGACCUCGUAUGGCUGAGCCGAGGGAUCUUCCUUUACCUUCAUCAAGAACUGCUCGUGGUUCCUCUCAGAUGAUUUCAUCACGUAGUUCGCAUUCUGCAUGGGAUUUGGAAGAUUUAAGACGAAGGUCUCCAGAGAGAUUUGUGGAUACUUCCAGGGGUCUAUCGCCGCCAAGAAAUACUGGACGUAUCAUUGGCAUUCCAAGGGCUCCAUCCCCCCCAAGAAAUGCUGGAAGGGUAAUUGGCACUCCAAGGGAUCUAUCAGCGCCAAGAAAUAGUAGAAGGAUCAUCGCCAGUCCAAGGGAUUUAUCCCCACCAAGAAAUGCUGGAAGGAUAAUUGGCUCUCCAAGAGACAGAUCACCUCCAAGGAAUGCUGGAAGGAGAUUUGGCGCUCCAAGGGAUCAAUCACCACCAAGGAGCACCAGAAGCUUCAGUAGUAAUUCUAGGGCUCUGUCCCCAGCUAGAAAUAUUGGAAGCUACAUGAGUUCUUCUCGGGGUUUUUCCCCUCCUAGGAAUCCUGGAAGCUACAUGGGUUCUUCUAGGGGUUCUCCUCCACGUAGUAACAUUGAAGAUUUUCAUGGACGAAGCAGGAUGCUUGAUGAUAUGAGAGCAUCCCCGUAUCCUGUUAGAGGUGUACUAAAUGGUCAAGUGCCAGCAAGUGGUGCUCCUUUCGCCAGGCCAAUGUUACCUCCUCCAGUCCCAAACCCACAUCCAUUGCCUCCAUUGAGCCAGCUUCCUCCACUUGGAAGUAUGAUGCAGACCAGUCCCUUCUCUGUGGAAGAGCCUCUAUCAGUUGAUGGCUUUCUAAAUUCAAUUGGACUUGGAAAAUACUCCCUUGCCUUUAAGAGAGAGGAAGUGGAUAUGACCACAAUAAAGCAGAUGAAAGAAAGUGAUCUAAAAGAUCUCAUCAUACCAAUGGGUCCAAGGAAGAAGAUUCUUCAGGCUAUAGCGUCUCUUCCAACAAGGUAGCGAUGACAAGACGGGUUUGGCCUCUCGCUGCUUCUCACUCUUUUUUGGUCUUGUUAGCGUCUAUGCGGCUCGCAACUAUGAUAAUUUUUUGAGAUCCAACCCGAAACUUUUCUCUCCGGAUAAUUGUAGGCAGCAGAACUUUCUUUUGUAAUUCUUCUCUGUUAUGGAUUUUUGUUUUCUUUUUUCUGGUAUACAAUCUGUUAAACAAGCAGCCUAAUUGUGAAAUGCGACGGUGUUUUGGUGUAAUCCAAACACACUCUUUUGGUUGGUAUAUAAAUCAGUGAAUCUCACCC